GAUGUUACAACACCAUCGUCAUCAACUGAAGAGAGCACAACAGUUGACGAAGCUUCCAGCACUUCUGAUGCUACAACAUACCUAUCAAAUGAAGGAAGCACAACAGCUGAAGGAUCUUCUAGCACUUCAGAUGUUACAACACCAUCAUCAUCAACUGGAGAGAGUAAAACAGUCGAUACAGAUUCCAGCACUUCAGAUGCUACAACAUCCGUAUCAACUGAAGGAAGUACAACAUCUGACGGAUCUUCUAGAACUUCGGAUGUUAGAACACCAUCAUCAUCAACAGAAGAGAGCACAACAGUCGACGAAGCUUCCAGCACUUCAGAUGCUACAACAUCCCUAUCAACUGAAAGAAGCACAGUGGUUGGUGGAUCUUCUAGCACUUCAGAUGUUACAACACCGUCAUCAUCAACUGAAGAGAGCACAACAGUCGACGGAUCUUCUAGCACUGCAGAUGUUACAACACCGUCAUCAUCAGCUGAAGAGGGUACAACAGUCGAUAAAGAUGCCAGCACUUCAGAUGCUACAACAUACCUUUCAACUGAAAGAAGCACAAAAGUUGACGGAUCUUCUAGCACUUCAGGCAAUACAACACCAUCAUCAUCAACUGAAGAGAGCACAACAGUUGACGAAGCUUCCAGCACUUCUGAUACUAAAAUAUACCUGUCAACUAAAGCAAGCACAACAGCUCACGGAUCUUCUAGCACUUCAUAUAUUACAACACCGUCAUCGUCAACUGAAGCAAACACAACAGUCGACGAAGCUUCCAGCACUUCGAAGGGUAUUACUGCAUUAUCAUGGGUAGAAAAAACAACCGCGGAUCUUGAUGCUAUGGAAACUACAACUCCGGCUCUUUCAUCUAGCGCCACUUAUAAAUCUGUGUUGCAUGGCACAAAUUGUGAUAUAUUAGUUCAUUUGACGGUGCUAAGUAAAUAGUACCAUGUACAGAUGGAUAUUCAAGCGGCCUUACCUCCACUACGAUCUUCGGGUUUCGAAGUUACCAA